CAGCGAGAUGACCCCAGAGGUUCCUUCUAGACCUCCUCCUCUUUGUGCCGGACUGGAAAUGGCUUCUGCCCAAUUGGAACAGGUUCCCGUGUCCCUUGAAGAGGUGGCAGUUCGUUUCAAAGAGAACGAAUGGGCUUUGCUGGAUCCGGGCCAGAGAGUGCUGCACAAAGAAGUAAUGGAGGAGAAUUAUGCGAAUCUGGUAUCUUUAGGACUACCAAUUUCCAGGUCUGGCAUCACAUUGCAGAAAGAAUGGGAAAGUGCAUUCAUUGAGGGCUCUGAAGAACAAGAGACAUUAGCAGGUGAUGGGGGUGAAAGGGAUGAACAAAACAUUCCUCAAAGAAAGAGAACUGAACAAAAGCAGAAGUGGAGGAAGAAACGCUUGGCUUCUGUGGGGGCUGGCUUCCGUGAAGUUCCAAUACUAGCAGAACAUCGUGCAGGCAAGAAAAGGAAUAUUGAGAAUGGAGAGAGACUGUUGAUGUGCUCAGAGUGUGGAAAGGGUUUCAUUGGCUGGAUGAACCUUACUAAACAUCAGAGAAUCCACAUGGGAGAAAAGCAACAUGAAUAUUCAGAGAACAGGAAGCAAAUCUCUCACAGUUCAGACCUUAAUGCACACCAGAGAGUCCAUGUUGGCGAAAAGCGCUAUAAAUGCUCAGAAUGUGGAAAGAGCUUUGUUCAGAGCACGUACCUGAGAGUGCACGAAAGAAUCCACAGAGGGGAAAAGCCGUACAAAUGCUUCGAGUGCGGAAAGAGCUUCAGCUGGAGUGGAAACCUGAACAGGCACCACAGAAUCCACACAGGGGAGAAGCCGUAUCAAUGUUCCCAGUGUGAGAAGAGUUUCCGCCAUGGAUCAAGUCUUAAACUUCACCAGAGAAUUCAUGCAGAGGAACGCACUUUGUAAACAUCGAGGUUUGGGUGGAAUACACACGUUAAUUCGCAUUACAAAAUUUGCACAUUGGAGAAACUCAACGGCUAAGAGCAGGCAUAG